UUUUCACGUUGAAAGGUGCCAAACACGAAAAAUCGUAUUCAGAAUUCAGUUAAACGAUCGACUUGGUGGAGAGUUGAAGGAAAUUUUUCGAUUUGAUAUUUGAGUGAAAGUUUUAGUGAGACUUUUUCUUACAUUUUAUUUUGUUUAAACGACCGAUCAGUAGUUUGAACAUCAAAAUGAUUUACGAUUUGGAUUACUAUUCGUAUCGUCCAUCGUACUACUAUUCGAGGCCACGAUACUACACUUCAUAUGUGCCGAGCUAUUUUGUGGGCGAUAGAUACUACAACUCUUACAGAUACUACCGGCCGCUCUACAUAUCACCAUUGAGUUAUGCAAGGACCCGUGCAUAUCUUCCAUCGUACGUACCCAAGUACAACAGCUAUGCAUCGCUCGACACAGUGACACCGUUAGGCAGAUUGAUGUCUUCAGUGUACCCAGAAGGCAUAAGAUACGAUUACACCUAUGGCAUGGACUUCAAUUCGGCCGCGCAAGACAUCCGUGCAUCAUCCGAAAAAUUAUUACAAGAUAUUCGUACACCGAGCACUCGAUAUACGCGCGCUUCUAGCUUGGAACCAAGUUAUAGCACUGACUUGGACUAUUACAGCGCAAGGAGAGCUGCAAGUCGAGCAAGGAUGAUGAGUGAAGAACCGGUCACCCGCACAGUAAUCACAACACGUCGCUACUUCUGCUAAAUGACACAUGAACAAUUCGAAAAUGAGAACAUCGCAUCGAUCGCUUUUCCAUGCCUUUAAAGCCUUCGGAUCUAAAAUAAUUUUGUAACUUUCGCUGCACACGUACGGCAUGAAUAAAUUGAGUGCAACG